GAGUAUACGUGAAUGGACAGCGUACCGAUAUAGGUGUAAUUUUUGCUUAAUGUUAUCUCUUAAAAUGUUAUCAAAGAUUACUCUUCGGAAGAUGACAACUUAUUAUCUCAUUUUAAUUCAUUAAGGUGGACUGAAGUUAAAUUAUUUCGACUCUACAACGACAGGGUCAUGUAAGCGAUUCUAAGAGAUCUUGACAGAAUACAUUACAAACUGUGAUUUUUUUUUAAGAGAUUAUUUUUUUGUUCCAUACAAUUCUGAAGAAUUAAUUAUGAGUACUGUUAAUGGCAUGCUAGAUUAUGUUAACGGAGUUACUACACCACCAAUGCCUUGGUUUGGUAUGGAUAUUGGUGGUACUUUGGCAAAACUUGUCUAUUUUGAACCAACUGAUUCUACUCCAGAUGAAGCAGAAAGUGAAGUGGAAACAAUUAGAAAAAUUAGACAUUAUUUAAAAUGUAAUUCUGCUUAUGGUACUGCUGGGAAGAGAGAUAUUCAUUUACAGAUGGAUAAUGUGAAAAUAGGUGGUAGAACAGGCACUCUCCAUUUUAUUAGAUUUCCAACAAGCCAAAUGGCAACAUUCCUCGAGUUGGCAAAAUCCAAAGGAAUGGCAACCUUGGCUAGUACAGUUUGUGCCACAGGAGGUGGGGCUUACAAAUUUGAAGAAGAUUUUAGACGUGAAGUAAAUUUAGAAUUAUAUAAAUUUGAUGAAUUGGACUCAUUAAUUCGUGGUAUACAUUUUAUUGAAGCUAAUAAUCCAAGUGAAUGUUACUAUUGGUGUAAUCCAAAUGAAGAAACUUGUAGGAAAAGAAGAUAUGAUUUUACAAACUGCUAUCCAUUUUUAGUUGUAAAUAUUGGUUCUGGAGUUAGUAUUCUUGCUGUUUAUUCUCCUAAUAAUUAUAAAAGAAUUUCAGGUACCAGUUUAGGAGGUGGUACAUUUUUAGGGCUUUGUUGUCUUCUUACUGGUUGUGAAACUUUUGAAGAAGCCAUUGCUUUAGCAGAGAAAGGUGACAGUAAUAAAGUUGAUAAACUAGUUAAAGAUAUUUAUGGUGGAGAUUAUUCAAAAUUUAAUUUACCAGGUGAUAUUGUUGCUAGCAGUUUUGGUCAAAUGUCAAGUAAGGAAAAAAGAGCAGCAGUUACAAAAGAAGAUUUAGCAAGAGCAACAUUAGUUACAUUAACAAAUAACAUUGGUUCUAUAGCUAGGAUGUGUGCUGUAAAUGAGGGUAUUGAACGAGUUGUUUUCGUUGGAAACUUUCUGCAUAUCAAUGAACUUUCAAUGAAAUUACUUGCAUAUGCAAUGGAAUUUUGGUCAAAAGGAACUAUGAAAGCUGUUUUCUUAGAACAUGAAGGUUAUUUUGGUUCUGUUGGAUGUUUAUUAGAGCUGAUGAAGACAGGAAGUUAACAACAAUAGCUGUAAAGACGACAUUUACAAAUUCCAUCUUGUAAUAUAAAUACAUUUAUUCAAAUUUUUAUUUAGUUUUUCUCCAAUGAGAAGAAUAAUUUUUGUGGUUCUAUAUGGAACUAAUGAUACAGCAUUUUAGGAUAAUGGAUCAAUGUGACUUUUCACAAAUUGGAAUGCACUAUCAUUUUAGCUUUUUUUUUUUUCUUUCUUUCUUUUUGUAAUUAGAUUUUAUAAAAAAAAUUAGAAAUUAUAAUUUUUCCAUAUUAAUGAUAUAUAUAUGCAUUAAAAGUAAAUAAUUAUUUACAUUUCAAUUUAUUUGUGAUUUAAAUUACAUUGCCAUGAUAAAUGAUUGCUCAUUUCAAGAAAACCAAAGCAAUAGUCAAAGCCUAACAUUUUUGAGUUAGUUUUCUUGUAUCAUUUUAAAACUGCAAAAGAAUAUAACUCAAAUAUUCUGUUUGUAAAUCAAAAUUUUGUGUGUGUUACACAAUUCAAGUAGUUUAAUAUAAAGUUAAAUUUAUUUCAAUUAGACUUUCUUUAUUAUAUU